AUGCCGCGGGUCGCGAGCGACACUGGACUUAUAGCCGCGAGGGUUCGGCCCGUGCGGCGGCCCAAGCCUAAGAAAGUGGAGUUGUUGGGUUUAUCAAUGCCGGCGCCCUUCACCCUCCGGCCAUUCGCUGGACUCUUCAACCCCUAUCCGGACGGAUGCUCUGUACUUUGCAAUCAUCCAGCUGACGGCGACGUCAAGGAUGUAGUGCGCAAAGCGAAAGACAAUUGGACAAACGAGGGCAAGGCUCUGCUGCUCCCAGGUGAUGUUGAACUGAUAAGAGCCGGCUUACGUCCCGUUCCUCGUCAAACGGCCGAGCACGAUGACGCUCUGGACGCGACCCAAGUACCCGAGGAGCUGUUCCGCCACUACACCGAGACGGACUCAAGGCCAACGAGUCCUCAGCCCGGGGUUGCUCCUAACGUCGCUCGGCCAGUCGAUACCGUUGCUCCCGAGCCCCCUCGGCCGACUCUCGUCCUCGACUUGAGAGCCAGUUCGCACGAAGUACAGGAAAAUGAGACUCUGAGCUGGCACGCCCUGACGCUAGAGCCCAUACCGAUGAGUACGCGCAAAAGUGACAUGUCCUCCCCGAUGGCCGCGCGUCGCAAGACCCCGGUAUCCUCGCGGGGCCGAUUGGUAACUUCCACCUCCCCGAUUCGUAUCGUGCCCAUUUUAGAGGUAAGCGACGUGGGAUCAGCCCGCAGUGCGCCUACAGUAGGUGCCGGUCACGCCGACAUCGACGAAGAAGGCGAGGAGGACGAGGACGAUGACAAUAGCUCGCUGGAUAAGUCAUCGCCGAUGCGCCGUCGGGGAAAGCUGCGCCGGAAGAAGCGCAAGACGAGGCGCUGCUCGAUCUACGGACUUGAUCAAGUGCGCGAGCCACCGGACCCCCUCGAGACUCAAGUCUCGCAGAUCGACGAAAGCUCCAGGCGGGGAUCGUACGCUAACGAAUCGCGACUAGAAGAAACGGAACAAACUUUGCUGGACAAGGCAGCGCUGCCAAUCAUCAAACACGACAUGCCACCGAGUUUCCUUCCCCCCGAUGUUCUCAAAGAACUGAGUAGGCACUUGGAUCAAGAAACCGUGGAAUGGGAAUUUAACGCGAAGAGAAGAUUUGCUCUGGAGGAAGUUUUGCGGGUUACGGCGGACCUCAAUCCAGCUGGUAGAGGAGCCCGACAGUUACCCUUCCAACCAACGGUUCCGAACGCGCCCCGGCUAUUUUAUCGACAAAGCGCCAGAUUCGAGCUUCUCGACAGCCACUCCCUCGUUGGUCUAGAGCCCCUGGAUUACCUGGGCCAGCACGUGUACGCGAGCGAAACGCGGAAACUGAUCUUCGAGCGCGCGUUCAGCCGUCACCGCGAGGAGACCAGCGAAGGUCCCCGCCAGCUGCAAGGCAGCAACCUGUACGAGGCUCUGGCCGAGGUCCUGGGCCGUUCCGUGAGCUCCGACGAGAUCACCCGGUUGGACGGCAUCCUCGGCGACGUGGGCGAACGGAGGCUGGACUUCAGGACGUGGUGCGGCGUGUGCGCCCUCGCCGAGAGGAUUCUGCCCGAGUUGCCGGAUAAAAGCGUGGAUCAGGCCUUUUGGCUCGAGAGGACGGAUUUUGAGAUGCUCGAGAGGAGGUUGAAGAGCGUCGAGGUCGACCGGAGACUCGCUGAGAUGCUUAGGCUCGUCAGGGAUAGCUGAGUUUGAACCGUAAUGUGCGAGGGAAAAAGAUGGGGUUUCGUGGCAUCUAAAAA